CGUUUCCAACACAGAACGACCCGCACGCAUCGUAAGUCGUCUAAGUGAAGAUGGCUGAAAACAAUGACAGUGGCUGUUAAAUCGUGCAUUCUUUUUUAUUAGUUGUCAACAAUAAUAGUAAAUUUUAUUGUAAAUGAACGAAAUUAUUUCUUUUGAUUUAUCGUAUAUAGUAUUAUGGCGACUAUUUUGCAAAAUAAUGGGAUGAAAUUAACUAAUGGUACAGUAAACAAUUUAAGAAAUGAACUCUCAUCGACAAAUAAUGAUGAUCUAUUUCAAGUGAAACUCGAGCCUAAGGAAGAAAUAGAGGAUUCAGUUAAAGAUCAAGAAUUAGAUCUUGAUAUUUAUAUUAAUAAUGUCGUUUGUACCUUUAGUGUCAGAUGUCAUCUGAAUUUACGUGAAAUAGCUCUUAAUGGUUCUAAUGUAGAAUACAGAAGAGAAAAUGGGAUGAUUACCAUGAAAUUGAGAAAGCCUAAAACUACUGCCUCAAUUUGGUCGUCGGGAAAAAUUUCGUGCACUGGUGCAACAAGUGAAGAUGAAGCGAAAAAAGCGGCAAGACGAUUUGCGCGUUCACUUCAAAAACUUGGAUUUAAAGUGCGAUUUAAUAAUUAUAGAGUAGUAAAUGUUCUUGGUUCCUGUACAAUGCCAUGGAAUAUAAUGAUUACAAAAUUUUCCGAACGUUAUAGACAAAAUGCCGAAUACGAACCUGAACUUCAUCCUGGCGUUACGUUUAAAAUGAAAGAUCCGAAAGCUACUCUUAAAAUCUUCUCCACUGGCAGUGUUACAGUAACAGCACCCAAUGUUGAGUCCGUGAGAAUAGCAAUCGAGAGAAUUUAUCCACUAGUCCACGAAUUUCAAAACGAAAGAACAGAACAAGAAACAAUUGAAUUAAAAUUGAGGAAACGUCAUUUAGCUGUUCAAAUUGAAAAGGAGGAGCUCAUAAAACAAGAGAAUGAACCAAUGGAUGAAGAUUUUAUCUCUGGUCCAGAUGAAAAUAUUGACAGUGAUUCUGACUGCAUCUGAUCUGUUUUCACUUUCCGUGAAAGUGUUCUUAUUUCCCCCAAUGAACAGGUACAUUGUUUUUUUUUGUUUUGUUUUUUUUUUUAGUGUUAACCUGUGUUUCGCGCAAAAAGAAUUGAAAACAAAUAAACAAAAAUGCGUUAUUGCACGGGAAACUUUAAAAACGAAAGAGAAAGAGUGCGUGGAUGCGUGUGUGAUAAAAAAAAUAAAUAAUGCUUAAUACGCGUAAGUGCUAGUAAUUUAACGAGAAAAAGUUAAUAAUUAUUAUUAAAGAAAGAAAAUGGAAAAAAAUACCACACAAUUAGGCUCGUGAUCAUUGACAUGAGUGACGUUUCUCAAAGAUUUAAUUGACGAUUGUUUCGUGCAUCCUCGUUCAAGCACGUAGAAUAGUUUCGUCUAUUUAUAGCGCAUACAUGAAUACAAGUUUUUUUAGAUUGUAGACGUUGUUUGAUCGAAAAAUAUUCGAAAUCACAAUAUGUAAUUUUACGUUUUCUUUGAAAAGAAUUUCUGUUUUUUUUUCUUUUCUCAUGUGUUCGAAAAUUAGAAAAAUGGAUGUAAAAUUACAUAAUUGCUUUUCAAGACUUGUAGAGAAAAAAAUUCUUUUUCGUUGUCAUUUUUUUUUUUUUUUUUUUUUUUUUUUUUUUUUUAUUUUUAUUAAGAGACUCAUUUUUUCAUACACUAUUAUAUAAGUAAAAAAUAAACUUUAUAAAAAUUAAUAAUCGCGAUUUCUCGAUAGUGACAGGUAUUGAAAUACUAAGAAAACGGCAGUGGAUAUACGUUCCCCUCACUUUUUUUUCUCUUUCCAUAAAAAAAAAAAAAAAAUACACACUGUGCCAAAGAUGGAUGUUCAAAAUUUAAAGCAAACGUGAUUAUAGUAAAUUUAUAAAGCUAAAAAUUUUGUUCAUUUGUAAGAUUAAGUUCUCUUACUUAUUUCUCUGUCAGCUACAGAAUGUUUCGACUAUUUUGAUUUUCACUUUUUUUUUGUAUUUACUCAGCAUUUUUUUAGUCAAAUCCAAAAAAAAAAAAAAAAAACAUUUCUAAA